AUGCCGAGUGAAGUAAAGAGUUUUGUUCAAAUAUGUGACCUAAUAUUGAACAAUAAAUUCUCAUGUGUACUAUGUAUUUCUCCAAAUAAUGAGCCUGAUAGGGCUAUGUUAGACUUACUAAAUGCUAUUGAGACUAGUUACAAAAAUAUCCAAUUUUCAGUUUUACAGGUUGAAGAUAUAUAUGCUAAAUCAGCUGUAAAACAGUUCGGUAUUAAGCAACUCCCUUGUAUGAUGUUCUUUACAGCUAAAAGCCUUGAGCCAAUAAAGACAGUUAUUGGAUAUUCUCCUUCACAAGUACAUUCAGUUCUAAAAGAAGUUAACGAGACAGAAGCUUCUGAACUACCAAAUUCUAAAGAAAUGUAUACAAUUUUGUGUAAUUUCAAGAAGUUAAUGGUUUUUAUUAAAGGAAUAAAAGAAGAUCCAUAUUGCCGUUUUACAAAACAACUGAUUGCCUUAUUUGACUCUAUUGGAGUAAAGGAUUAUGGUCACUAUAAUAUCUUUGAAAAUGAACAAGUAAGACAAGGCUUAAAGGAAUUUUGGGAUUGGCCAACAUAUCCACAAAUUUGUAUUAAUGGUCAAUUUGUUGGAGGAAUAGAUAUAAUAAAUGAGAUGUAUUCUAAUGGUGAAUUAAUUAAAGAGUUACCUAGUGAAGUAUUUCAAGAAUAA